AGCUGUACUCCUCUCUCUCUCUCACUUUCUCUCUCUCCCUUUCUCUCUCUCCGUGCAAAUCGGAUCGUCUGUCGAACUACACCUAAUCCCCCCCUUUGUCAUCUUCUCUGCUGCUCACAUCUACAGCAACGCACACCACCGUAGCUUCGUCCAGCCUCCGCGCCGCCGUCUCUCACUUCCCCUCAACCACCACCGCCUUCUCACUUCUGUAACCGAGCAAACCAUCUCACGCACUCAAGUGAGAUGACUAUAGAUCCACAAGUGCUUAUUCAAACUGAAAAUUAGUAAUUGGGACAGACGAUCCGAAUCACACACAUUCAUACACACGCGCGCGCACAAACAUGGAAGCUAGCAAAAGCAACAGCACGACCACCGGCGACAGCAGCGAGUUUAGAGCAGAAGAGGCCGUUGGCGGCAACGCCGAAGCGCUUCAAGCCCUUAGGGAACUCAUCACCUUCCCUCUCCUCUACUCCCGUCAGUCCCGAAAGCUCGGCCUAAGAUGGCCUCGAGGUUUGCUGCUCUACGGCCCCCCUGGCACCGGAAAGACGAGCUUGGUUCGAGCGGUGGUUCGCGAAUGCGGUGCACAUUUAAUUGUUAUAAGUCCCCAUUCUGUUCACAGGGCACAUGCUGGAGAAAGUGAGAGAAUUUUGCGAGACGCUUUUGCUGAAGCAUCAUCUCAUGCAAAGUUGGGCAAGCCAUCGGUUAUCUUCAUUGAUGAAAUUGAUGCACUUUGUCCUCGCCGUGAUUCUAGAAGAGAGCAAGAUAUUCGUGUAGCAUCUCAGCUUUUUAUGCUGAUGGACUCCAACAAGCCAUCAGCAAAAUCUAAGCUGCAAGUGGUUGUGGUGGCAUCUACAAACAGAGUGGAUUCAAUUGACCCUGCUCUCAGAAGGUCAGGGCGUUUUGAUGCCGAAAUAGAAGUUACUACACCUAAUGAAGAAGAACGCUUUCAGAUACUUAAGCUUUAUACAAAGAAGAUUCCUUUGGAUACCAGUGUUGAUUUGCAAGCCAUAGCUGCCUCUUGCAAUGGCUACGUUGGGGCUGAUUUGGAAGCUUUGUGUCGUGAGGCUGCCAUGCGUGCAGUGCAAAAAUCUUCAGAAACAAAUGAGGAAGCUGGUAUGCCUAGCUUAACAAUGGAGGACUGGAAGCAUGCAAGAUCUGUUGUGGGCCCGAGCAUAACGAGGGGUGUCACUGUGGAAAUUCCCAAGGUUUCUUGGGAGGAUAUUGGAGGACUGAAAGAUUUAAAGAAAAAGCUACAGCAAGCUGUUGAGUGGCCUUUAAAACAUUCUGCUGCGUUUUCAAGGCUGGGAGUAUCACCUGUCCGUGGGAUCCUUCUUCAUGGACCUCCAGGCUGCUCAAAAACUACCCUUGCCAAAGCUGCAGCUCAUGCUGCACAAGCUUCUUUUUUUUCCUUGAGUGGUGCAGAAUUAUACUCAAUGUAUGUUGGAGAGGGUGAAGCUUUGUUGCGGAAUACGUUUCGGAGAGCUCGCCUUGCAGCACCAAGCAUAAUAUUCUUUGAUGAGGCAGAUGUUGUUGCUGCCAAAAGAGGAGGGAAAUCAAGCAGUAACAUCGCAGUGGGAGAGAGGCUUCUAUCUACUCUACUAACUGAAAUGGAUGGUUUAGAACAGGCAAAAGGAAUUCUUGUUUUAGCAGCCACAAAUCGCCCUCAUGCUAUUGAUGCCGCACUUAUGAGACCUGGACGCUUUGAUCUUGUUCUUUAUGUGCCACCACCUGAUUUAGAAGCUCGAUAUGAGAUACUUAAUGUACAUACUCGUGAAAUGAAAGUGGACAAUGAUGUUGAUCUCAAACAAAUAGCAGAGGAUACCGAGCUUUUCACAGGGGCGGAGCUUGAGGGAUUAUGCAGGGAAGCUGGAAUCGUGGCUCUGAGAGAGGACAUAUCUGCCACUGUUGUCUGUAAUCGUCACUUCCAGACUGUGAGGAAGUCAUUGAAGCCAGCUCUAACUGUAGAAGAAGUCAAUGUGUAUUCUUCGUUCAUGAAGAACCCGUCUCUAAUUUCCUCCGGCUCAUUCAGAUCCAGUGGUAAAGACAGCAGUGAACACACUAAGAGUUUGGUGGUGGGUUUGGUGGUUCCCAUUUCGAUGAGCUUAGUAAGCUUUCUUUUGCUUGCUGGUGCCAAGUACUUUUUCAUGCACACUAGUCAUUUGCAAGAUGAACUAGCCACAACGUGAAGAAUUUACCAAUGCUGCCCUCCAUGACUGGGUUGAAUCUAAUCCCACCCACGCCGUAAACGGAUGUCCUAGCCGAUCCAUUUCAAAUCCUGUUCCCGUUUGGCGCUUUCCAUCGUUCAACCAUAAGGUUCCUGUUGAAAAUCCUCCUAGAUCUCCUGGAACUCCUUGUUGCUGCACUGUGAAAGAACCUCUGACGUAGAUCCUUGUUUUUUGAUAUUUAUUAAUGGAAAGUUUCUGGGAAGCAGAAGCUGUUUACCUUGCCUUGUUAAAGUCCAAGAUUUUGCUUGAUUGUGUAAUAAGUAUCACAAAUCAGGAUUCUUUCAAUGUGAUGGUUCCCGGUGUCCCUCAUGUGACGCAAAAAGGAAUCCACGACCAUCCCAUCAACAACCCGAGUCAUUCAUGUCGUAGUUCUCCAUGUGUCAGUGCAAAAAAAUCAAAAUUAUCAGAAAUUGAUGUAUGGUUUUAGUUUUUAUGGCUU